AACAACCAUUUCUCCUUCCACAAAAACCCCUGUGUCUCUCUCCAAAACCCUAACCCUCAAAGCUCUCUCUCGAUCGGAGCUGGUCUUUAAUGUCGAUUUUCUCGUCCAUUUCGUCAGCAUUUCAUGUCCUUCUUCCAAAAUCCUAGAAAUUCCGUCUUAUUCUCUUCUUCUCGUUUUUUCGAGCUCUUUCAUGGCUUCACCUUGCUGCAAGUUGCCAGAUCUGACUCUACCUUGACCCAUUGACAUUAAUACCCUCCCACUUUCCCCCUUUCUAGCUCCACUGUUCUUCUUUUCUCGUGCUUUUUACCUCGAACUUCGAUACCCUCCUUUUUCUGCGUUUCCAAGAGAGGUAGAGAGAAGUCGAACUAGGGUUUUCUUGAACUGGGGUUUGCUUCCUUUUCUUCUUUCUUUGGGCCGUACAGAAAAAAUGCAGGUUCUUGGGAGCCCUAGAAGCUUCCUAAUGGAUACCAGCUGUGGAACUUUGCUCAGAGAGCUUCAGCACAUAUGGACCGAGAUUGGUGAGAGUGAAGCAGACAAGGACCGUAUGCUGUUAGAGCUAGAGAAGGAAUGCUUGGAAGUUUAUAGGAGGAAGGUUGACGAAGCGAGCAAUGCCAAAGCAAGGCUCCAUCAGUCUGUUGCAGUCAAAGAGGCAGAGCUUGCAGCACUCGUGGCCUCCCUUGGAGAGCUUAAUCUUCAUUCCCAGACAGAGAAAAGGUUGGCAUCCCUGAAAGAACAACUUGCGUCAGUUGCUCCAUUGGUAGAAGAUCUGAGAAUAAAGAGAGAGGAGCGCAUCAAACAAUUUGCAGAAAUAAAAACACAGAUUGAAAAGAUCAAUGGAGAUAUUUCUGGUUACUUCCAUUCAAAUGAUGUUGUUGCCAAUCACUUUAAUGUGGAUGAACAUGACUUAUCAUUGAGAAAGCUUAAUGAGUUUCAGACACAUCUUCGUACCCUGCAAAAGGAGAAGUCUGACCGCCUUCAUAAGGUUCUGGAAUAUGUGAAUGAAGUGCAUUGUCUAUGUGGUGUGCUUGGCCUGGAUUUUGGGAAGACUGUGAGCGAGGUGCAUCCUAGUUUGCGUGAGACAGGUCCAGGGCAGUCCACAAACAUCAGUAAUGAUACAUUGGAUGGUCUAGCUCAAACCAUUCUAAAGUUAAAAAUGGAGAAGAAAGACCGUGUUCAGAAGCUGAAAGAUAUCGUGGCAUCUCUUUUUGAGCUGUGGAACCUGUUGGAUGCAUCUGAAGAAGAGAAGAACCGGUUUAGAAGGGUUACUUGCAUCCUUGGUACGUCAGAGCAAGAAGUUACAGCAUCUGGAGUUCUUUCGCUAGAGAUAAUUGAGCAGGCAGCUGCAGAGGUCGAAAGACUGACUAAACUGAAAGCCGGUAGAAUGAAAGAGUUGGUUCUGAAGAAAAGGUCAGAGUUGGAGGAAAUAUGUCGGAGAGCACACAUAGAACCAGAUAUGAGCACAGCUCCUGAGAAGUCAUGCGCGUUAAUCGAUUCUGGUAUUGUCGACGCUUCUGAACUGCUGGCAAACAUGGAGGCACAGAUAAUGAAAGCUAAAGAAGAAUCUAUGAGCAGGAAAGAAAUUAUGGACAGGAUAGACAAAUGGCUUGCUGCUCGUGAAGAAGAAAGUUGGCUUGAAGAAUAUAACCAAGAUGAGAACCGCUAUAGUGCAGGAAGAGGCGCCCACAUAAAUCUAAAACGUGCAGAACGAGCUCGAGUGACUGUAAACAAGAUUCCUGGUAUUGUAGACAAUCUGAUGAGCAAAACAUUUGCCUGGGAAGACGAAAGGAAUACGCCGUUCCUAUAUGAUGGGGUCCGUUUGGUAGCAAUUUUGGAGGAGUACAAAAUCACCAGACAGCAGAGAGAAGAGGAGAAGAGACGAUUCCGGGACCAGAAGAAGUUACAGGAUCUGCUCCUUACAGAGAAGGAAGCCAUGUAUGGGUCCAAGCCGAGCCCGAAAAGGAGCAACAGUUUCAAGAAGGCAAAUGGGAUACGUGCGAAUGGAAAUGGGUCAAUGACUCCCAUGCCUCGGCGAGUUUCUAUUGGCAGUGCCACACCAGAGCUUCUGACUCCACGGUCCUAUUCAGGACGUCAUAACGGAUACUUCAGGGAAACAAGAAGAUUGUCGACUGCACCGCUAAAUUUCGUCGCACUAUCAAAGGAGGAUACCAUCUCCUUUGCUGCAUCAGUCUGUGGUUCUGAACCAGGAUCUCCUCCUCAGGGUUAAAUCCUCCCGCCCGCAAUGGAAACACGUAACAACCAAAAUGGCAUAUUGACUGUAAAUUGGAUUGAUGGAGAGAAGGAAAUAUUGUGAAUAAGAAAAAUGUAUACUAGUGCUUUGAUGCGUGCUAGUUAACAUUGACAGGCUUGAAUUUGGGUCCCAAUGCUAGUUGAAUUCGGUGGGCCACCGAUGACUCAAUGGCUGGGUCCCACCACUAAACAUUGAUGGGUAUCAUGUAGAAAUUUGUGUUCAAAAUGCGAAAGUGCUGACCAGAACGGCCUUGGUGAGAGUUGUUGAAAUAUUGUUAGUCUUGUGCUCUUAUAAGGAACACGUCCUUUUCUUUUGCUGGGUUUGUGUACAUAUUUUACAAUUUUAUAUAUUUUUUUAAUGAGGAUUGUAGUUGCAGUUGUAAUCUGUUGAAACGCCAGAGUUCAAGCUUGGAUCCGUACCCUUUAUGCUAGUGUCUGCUGGGUUCAUGUGUGUGAGAGAAGGAAGAUGGUCUCUGCAUGUGUCCUCUCUCAAUGCAGAUGGGUUUUGGAGUAUGUUCAAAUAUACAAUUGCCUCUGUUGUGAGCUGCCAGGAGUGGCAGAGAUCUGCCUUUGCCUUGAC